CAACGAUAUAUAUAGGCCAAACAUGUCUGCUAGAUCCGUAUUAUAUGCACUAGCACUGAUAGUCGGCAGCUCCUAUGUCACUUAUACAAUAGUCAGUUCCUAUCCGGAAAAUAAUACCCCCAAGAAGAAGAAAAAUGUUGCGGAUCUAAUAGGGAACACACCAAUGGUACGCAUAGCUUCCCUUUCUGAGCAUACAGGCUGUGAAAUCUAUGCCAAGCUGGAAAUGGCGAAUCCGGGUGGAUCUGCCAAGGACAGAGUUGCCUUGUCUGUGAUCAGACAUUUUGAAAGGAUAGGAGAGCUAGUACCGGGAAGAGGUGAUGUAUUGUUCGAAGGAACUUCGGGGUCUACUGGAAUAUCUUUCGCUAUGCUCUGUAACGCGUUGGGGUACACAGCUCACAUAUGUCUUCCAGAUGAUACCUCCAACGAAAAACUUCAAUUGUUGGAGAGCUAUGGCGCCGAAAUAGAGAAAGUCAAGCCAGCCUCCAUUGUUGACCCAAACCAAUAUGUCAAUGCGGCUAGAAAAGGAGCACUGCAGCUCAAAAAUGAUAAAACUACAGCAUCCAAUGGAGUUUUUGCCGAUCAAUUUGAGAACGAUAACAAUUGGAGAGCACACUAUGCCGCAACUGGCCCAGAAAUUUGGGAGCAGAUGAGCCACGACAUCGAUUAUUUUGUCACCGGAUCGGGAACAGGUGGUACAAUUGCAGGUUGUUCGAGGUUUUUCCGAACAGUUUCUAACAAGAUAAGAGUAGUACUUGCUGAUCCUCAAGGAUCUGGAAUGUACAAUCGUGUCAAAUAUGGGGUAAUGUACGAUAGUGUGGAAAAAGAAGGAACGAGAAGAAGGCAUCAGGUGGACACAAUUAUAGAAGGUAUAGGGCUGAAUAGAGUCACCCACAAUUUUUUGCAGGGGGAGCAUUGUAUUGACGAUGCUGUUCGUGUAACAGAUGAACAGGCAGUUCGGAUGGCAAGAUUUUUAAGCUCAAAUGACGGCUUGUUUGUUGGAUCAAGUAGUAGCAUAAACGCUGUGGCGGCUGUCAAAAUUGCCAAAACUGCAAAGAAAGGCUCCAAAAUUGUGAUAAUUGCUUGUGAUUCCGGUACUCGCCAUCUCUCAAAGUUCUGGAAACAUGCUCUUGAUGUGAAUAGAAAUAUUACAUUAGAAGAAGUCUUACACUAAUAACAAUAUAUGUAGCAUCCUUAUAAGGUGAUAAAGUAGAUUGAGCUAUAAAUUACAAAUCGUCGAAAAAUCCUCUACUUUCUGGCUUGAUAUUCUUCUGCUUCUUGUUGGCACGAACCAUGUCUUUCCAGUCGACUUCGACUUCCUCAUCCUCAUCGUCGCCUUCUUUUCUUUGUCUUUUCAUUUCGGCUUCCACAGCUUCUCUUCUCUUCAUCACUCUUUCUCGCCUCUCUUGCUUAGUUUCUUUCAAAUCAACUUUCUUACUCCAAGAAACGUUUUUUUCUUUUAACUCUUGCUUCUUUAGCGAUUUUUCCUUCCUUUCCUGUUUUCUUUUCUCAGUUUUCAGCUCAGCAAGCCUUGCAGCCUCUUUUGCUUCGUCUUUAU